AUGACUUGCAACCACUCCAACCACCUCUUUAAGCCAUCAAUCGUCGCCGAGUAUACUGGUUACCUCCGCCCCUCCAAACCGCAAAGAGCCAAAGCAGCUGGAUACUCAGACGACUCAAACUUCAACGAUGACGACUUUCCAGCACCACUUGUCCUCCCAAACGAUGAGAUUGACUCUGACCCAAAGUAUCCCGCACAAACUCUUUCGGAGUGGAAGCAACUUCUCACACCUAGCAUUUUGCCAUACAAGCGCAAGAAGAUCUUUGUUGCAGCUCCUCCAGGGUUUACCAAGGAGUGUCCUGAACUGGACAAGAUGCAGUGGCCACAUACACAUCCUGUACCACCCAGAUAUGAACAUGUGUUGAAAUAUCUCGCUGCGUUUUAUACUGGUUUUGACGUCGUUGAGUUGCCCAAAGAUACGCUGGUUUUCGAUAACUGGAGCGAAGGAGAGGACUCAAACCUUAACGGCUGUUUCGUCGCGCUCAAAACACCUAAAGAAAGCAUCCGCAUCAGAGAAAGACCAAUGACGAACAACACGCGCGGGUUCCAGCUGAAUCUAAACGAUGUGUUGGAUGCUGCUAUCGCAGUAUUACCCAACGAUGCCUUGGCUCUACUACUACUCAUGGAUUUCGACAUGUACGAAGACGACGACGACGAAUUCGGUUGCGGACGCGCGUAUGGUUACAGUCAUGUGUGCAUAGUGUCGAGUUUCAGGUACAAUCCCGCUCUGGACAAGAGUAUCAAACUCGAUCGCCAGCACGUGUGGCCAGCAAGCCAUUGUGCUGAGUAUGUGCAAGCGCAGGUGGACAGGUUUAUCGAGGCCUCUGAGCAAACACCGGGUUCCGAGGCUGCCAUACCAGCACAACCAUCAAAGCCUCUCACCAAAGCCAUCCAAGCACAUUCAACCGCGAAUCCCUCUCCAACAUCGACGUGGCUGGAACGAGUUUGCCGCACCGCAAGCCACGAACUCGGACAUUGCUUAGGCAUGGACCACUGCAUGUAUUACGCCUGCAUCAUGCAAGGAAGCAAUUCCAUUCCCGAAGACCUGCGUCAACCUCCCUAUCUAUGUCCCGUCGACAAUGCGAAACUCGACUUUCUGGUAGCAGCAAGAGGAAACAAGACCAAAGUAGGAGUGUGGCAGAGAGAACGUGCUUUAUCACGUUUCGUGACAGGACAUAGCGAGAAUGGUGGUGGGUUUGCUGCUUUUCGGGCUUGGCUUGAGGCGAGAUUGGCUCAUGGGGACACUCAAAUCUCUUCAUACACUGAGAAGCAGAUAAGCGAAAAGAUGGCGGCUGCGAAGAAAAGAGAAAGCCAGAGGACUCAGAAGAAGCAAAGAGUCACUUCUCGGGACUUGAAUGUUUGA